AUGACAGACUCAAAGAACAGCUUGCAAGCCUCAUCAAUUUCAAAAGGGGCGCGGUUAAGACAAGUUGACAUAAAGCGGCUUAUUUCUCAGCAUGAAGGACUCCAACAGCGAGUAGAUGGCCUAAGAGACUCCCUUUUGGAAAAGGAUAUGCUUAUAAAAUCACAGAGAAAUACAAUCAAAUUAUAUGAACUUAAGUUAGCAAACAUCGAAAGCAACAAUUCCACGUUAAAGCAUAUAAUAACUCUCCUUACAAAUUAUAUCACCCAAGAGCUUAAUGAAGUUUUGCCUCCUUUGCCACCAAUUCCUGAAAAUGACGAUUUAAUAAGGGUAGACCCAGUGUCUUUGCUAAGGCAUCAAUCCAACACCCCAGCUAAGAAAAAUAAAAAACAUAAGAAACUUCACAAUAGCAGCUUUGAGUCUGGGAACGCACUUAGCAGUUUUUCAUUCGCCCAGCGGCAACAAUCAGUUCCAUCAGGCAACCGCAGCUUGAUUUUUGACGAAAAUCUAGGCCAGCAUAUGUACCAAGAUUUCAGUGGCUCUGAAUUUUUAAAAACAAUAUUAGAUGCACAGCUUUGUAGAGAAGAAAUGAAAAAAGUGACGAAAUUUUUAUUAGGAAAAACCAGCCAGGAUGUAUUUUUAUUUAAAACCAGGACUAUUUUGUUUGAAAGUGUCAGUUUCUUUUUGUCUUUAAGAAAUGUAGCUUUUCAAAACUUUGGGGAUGUUUUUUUGCCAAGGGUUCUGGAGAUGCUGUCUGAUAUUUUUGAAGCCGAAAAAGUAACAGUAUUUUUAUAUGAUGAAGAAAAAAGCAAUUUUUAUUGCAAAGCAAUUACAGUUGAAAUCGACCAACAAAUAAUCGUCGCUAAAAAUUUUGGCCAUUUUGCAUACUCAUGGGAUGGGCCGCUGUUUAUUAAUGGCGCUUAUGAUGACUCCCGCUUUGAUUCUCGCUAUGACACUAUAACAAGUUUUAUUACUCGAAAUUUAGCCUGCUACCCAUUAAAAUUAGGCGACCAAUUAAUUGGGAUUUUAGAAAUCGCUAAUAAGAGAAAAGAAUUUUCUAAGGACGACUUUCCUUUAAUGGCUCAAAUAGCUAAGCAGCUGUCUGUAGGCUUUGGAGCUCAGCUUGUUAAAGAGAAAAUGUCAGAAUUGAACCAAAAAGCAGCAAUUUCUAGAGGACAUAUUGAAAGCUCAAAAGAAUCAUUAGUGAUACCAAUUUUGAAUGAAAUUGCAAACAGUGUAAAAGCGCUAGUAAAUUGUGAAAGAGUGACUAUUUAUUUGUAUGAUGAUAAAGAAAUAGAGCUUGUGUCAGUUGUGGCGACUGGGCUUGAAGGGGUUAUAAGAAUAUCUACAAAUAGAGGCUUAGCUAGCAUUGCAUUUACCUCAGGGAAAAUAGUGAAUGUCGAAAAUGCUGAGCAGCAUUCACUAUUUAACUCAGAAAUUGAUGCAAAAACAGGCUUCAAAACUAAAGAAGUUCUUGCUGUCCCUAUUGGUAAUAAAGGGGUAUUACAGUGUUUAAAUAAAGCAAAUUUAACACCUUUCAGCAAAUCUGACGAAAUGAGGGUAUCAAGCAUAGCUUCUGUCAUUUCUGUCCUACUUGAAUCUUCGGAUAAUUUUGAAGGACUUUUGCUGAAUUCUGAUGUCAAUGAGCUCUGCUUGCAAGCUGUAAGAGAAGCCAUUUUGCAUGUAAAUUCACAAGGGCUGCUGCAAAAAGUCAACAGAUAUGCUGCUGAAUUAUUCAAAUUAAGCCCAGAAAGAAUGACUGGCGCGACGAUAAGUGAAAUCUUUGAGCAUUCUCCAGAUCUCCUCACUCCCUUUUUAAAUUGGAACAAAAAUCCCUUUUCCAGUUUAAUUAUAUGAAUUUUUCUCGAUAAAAAAUUUGAUAAAAUUUUAAAAUAAUUAGUAGAAUUACACAAAUUUUUUAUUUUAAGGAGAAUUAAUAAAAAAAAUAAUUGAUUUAGUUUAAAUUAUAAAUAUUCUACUGAAAUUAUUUUUAUAAAAGUUCGUAUUCACCUAUAAGAUUUUGUUCAGUGCUAAGUCCCAAAUGGAAAUUUACCUAUAUUGCUCCAAUUUAAAAGGAGGAGUCAGUAAAUUUUUAGAAGCCGUAAAAAAACAAAAUUCAGUGACCCUAAAAAACCAAAAAUUAGUGGUGUCAAGGAAUUCUGGAGAAUUGAAAUGGAUCAAUAUCAAUGUCAGCUUCGUGAUGAUGGGUGGGUUGGAAGAUGGAGGGUCAUUUGUCAUAUUAAUACAGCCAAUUUCAGCUUAG